CCGGAGGUGGAGGGAGGGGCCGGCUUUCAUCAGGACCACAGGCAGAGCGGCGGCCGUAUCCCGGGGAGCAGCAUCGUGUGAACAGGACAUGAAGUGAGGCCUCUCCGGCAGCGCAUACGGUCAGCAUGGCGGAGAUCACCAGCCUCGCCCCCAGCUUCGAUAUGUCUCCCAUCGCGGCAGGGUUUAUUGGAGCGGCGGUGUUGGUGGUGUCGGUCUCGGUGGCGGUCUUUAUCUGGAGCUGCUGUCACAGCCGCGCAGAAAAGAAGUAUAAGAACCCCCCAUACAAGUUCAUUCACAUGCUGAAGGGGAUCAGUAUCUACCCCGAGACCCUGAGUAACAAAAAGAAGACCUUCCACGUGCGCAGGGAGCGGCCUGAUGGGGGUAGUGCUGAGGCAGGACUAAUGGGGCCGGAGAAGGGUCCUAAUGGUCUUGCCACUGCCGUCACCCAGCUGCCCAUCAACCCCAACUACGGGGCAGAGGUGAGUCCAUGUGUGAGCACCAGCUCCAGUGGGACCAAGACGUCCUCCCCCUCCUCCCCUGACGAGGAGCGCCCCCUGGGGACCCUGACCAUCGCUGUGGACUACAACUUCCCUAAGAAGGCCCUGGUGGUGACUAUACAGGAGGCUCAUGGCCUUCCGGUGAUGGACGAGCAGGCCCGGGGCUCCGACCCUUACAUCAAGAUGACCAUCCUGCCUGACAAGAAGCAUCGAGUGAAGACUCGCGUCCUGCGGAAGACCCUGGACCCCGUGUUCGAUGAGACCUUCACCUUCUACGGCGUCCCCUACAGUCAGCUCCAGGACCUGCUGCUUCACUUCCUGGUGCUCAGCUUUGACCGAUUCUCACGAGACGAUGUGAUCGGGGAGGUGAUGGUGCCGCUAUCGGGGGUGGAUCCCAGCACCGGGAGAGUCCAGAUCACCAGGGACAUUGUGAGGAGAAACAUCCAGAAAUGUGUCAGUCGCGGUGAACUACAGGUGUCGUUGUCUUAUCAGCCGGUGGCACAAAGAAUGACGGUCGUGGUGCUGAAAGCCAAACACCUGCCGAGAAUGGACAUCACCGGCCUCUCAGGUAAUCCUUACGUCAAGGUGAACGUCUAUUAUGGUCAGAAGCGAAUUGCCAAGAAGAAGACGCACGUGAAGAAGUGCACGCUCAGCCCGGUGUUUAACGAGUCCUUCAUAUACGACAUUCCCAUAGACCUCUUGCCGGACAUCAGCAUUGAGUUUCUUGUCAUCGACUUUGAUCGCACCACCAAGAACCAGGUGGUGGGCCGGCUCAUCCUGGGGGCGCACAGCGUCACUGCCAACGGCAUUGAACAUUGGCGCGAGGUCUGCAAUAACCCCCGCAAGCUGAUUGCCAAGUGGCACAGCUUGAGCGAGUUCUAGGGGCCUCUUGGCGCGGUGAGGUCGGUUAGUGGGUGAAGGAGGUCACACAGGUCGUAGUGAUGGGACAAGUGCUGGAACCACAUGGGCAGGAGAUCUUUUUAUUUUAAGCCUCCAGUGACCGCGGCGCCCGUUACAUACCGUAACCGUGCCGAAUGCUGAAGGGGCUAGCCUUGUUUUAGUGGUAGAUCAAACGUUAGGCCGUCAGUUCUGAUGUCUUGCAGGACACUAUAAUACUAAGUACUAAACCCCACAGUAACACAUGGAUAUAUAUACGGAGUGUAACCCUUUGUGUGCAUGUUUACCACAUGUCUCCGCUGUCUCUGUACAAGCCCUGUGCAUGUCAGGCUGUGUUCCUAACUCCUGGUGAUGAGGUCCCUGGGGCUCUUGUGAAUUCGGGAGUUCUGUGGCCCUUGUGUCAUAGGUUGUGGUGGUUGAGGUUUUACUGAUGGAGCGGAUCAUCUCUACCCAUCGUCUGGAUGAUGUCACAUGACAGCACGCUGUAUGGAUGUCCCUGGUGUCAUCAAGUUGGAGAUAUGUAGGCUCAGACUGACUGGGCACCAUCAGGGACUAAAGAUGUGGGGGUGCUCUCAUGGUUGUCUGAUGUGCUGCCCCGGCCGCUGUAUAUACACCCAGCUUCACAGCACAAUAACUGCCCCAGGUCACGUAACUGCAGGAGGAGAUGCGGUUGUGCCUCAUUUUUUUUUUUCUAUAUUUUAUUGCACCAGUGUAUAAGGUGAAAUGUUCCACUGGUCAACAACCAAUGAGAAGAGUCUCAGCAGACGAUCCAAGAUAGAUUUCCCAUGUGUAGGGUCAGCAUAAGGCAGACCGAAGAGGCCACCAGGCUCGUGACAUCGGCUUUUCCCGUAACCUUGCUGGGUACGUGUCUACCAUUCUGGCGGGUGCCCCAGCCUCCUUCGGCACUUCACUGACUGAACCCCUGCAGGGAUGGUGGCUCCAGGCUCUGACCUCUUGCUGUGACCUCUGGUCCUCUCUAGUCUACAGCUUUGGCAUUCUCCAGGAAUCAUCCCAUUGCCCGGCAUCUAAUAUAGUCCAGAUUCUUUCCUAUAUCCUCCAUAGACCCCAUAACACAAGGGAUCGGUCUGUUACACCUGAUGUAAGACCACAACCCCCUGCCAAUAUCCUGGACUCUCAUCACGUUCCGGAUUUCACCAAUUUAUUACUUCACAUCCCAGAUAUGACACAAGCAAUAUCUAAGAGCUGCUCCACAAUGCCUCCUCCUAUUGUAUCACUGGCCAAGGUAUCCGUAGAAAACAUUUCUAGAACAAAUCAAGGUCUAAAAAUGUAAAUUAUUACGUAGAUAAGAGGGGAAGAGCUACAGACCUUACCGAGCUGUGGACCGGGCUUAAUUCAUAGAAAACAUCGCCCCAAAAAGAGAGCUGCCACUUAUCAGUGGGAUGGAUCAUACAACAUCUUCAAUAUGGAAAGCUCCAGCAGAAGAUGUUGGUUGUUCCCAGUCAACUGAAUAAAACAUUGGGAAGGACAUAAAGGAGAACAUGCAGAAAUGGGUCACUGUCUGAAUAGAGAACAACAAGCCACGAAAAUAGAGAAUGUCCACCACAACGAACAGAGGAAAUUAGUCAGUGACAGAUCUGUAAAAAACAAACAAAAAAAAAACGCCAAAGUGAAUUCAGAACUAACACCUUAAAUGGGUACUCCAGCCCUAAUACAUCUUAUCCCCUAUCCAAAGGAUAGGGGAUAAGAUGUCUGGUCGUGGGGGUCCCGCCGCCGGGGACCCCCAUAAUCGGUCAUUGCGCACCCACCUUUUGUGAGCUCUCUGCAGCGCUGGAGUCUCCAAAUGUGUAGCGUGACGACCAUGGGGCCAGAGUAUCAUGAUGUCACAACUCCGCCCCCGUGUGAAGUCACACCCUGCCCCCCUCGAUACAAGUCUAUGGGAGGGGGCGUGAUGGCCUUUGGAUAGGGGAUAAGAUGUAUUAGGGCUGGAGGACCCCUUUAACCAGAGAGAACAAGAAUACAGGGGCUGAGGACAAGAAUCCUGAAGGAAAGUGAUAUCACUGAUCAGUCACCGCUCUGUAUCCUCAGACACUGAUCAGUCACCUCUUUGUAUCCAUAGACACUGAUCAGUCACGCUCUGUAUCCUUAGACACUGAUCAGUCACCUCUCUGUGUCCUCACAAUGAUCAGUCACCGCUCUGUAUCCUCAGACACUGAUGAGUCCCCGCUCUGUAUCAUUAGACACUGAUGAGUCCCCGCUCUCUAUCCUUAGACACUGAUCUGUCACGCUAUGUAUCCUCAGACACUGAUCAGUCACCUCUUUGUAUCCUUAGACACUGAUCAGUCACGCUCUGUAUCCUUAGACACUGAUCAGUCACCUCUGUAUCCUCAGACACUGAUGAGUCCCCACUCUCUAUCCUUAGACACUGAAAAGUCACCGCUCUCAAUCCUCAGACACUGAUCAGUCACCGCUCUCAAUACAUAGACACUGAUCAGUCACCGCUCUGUAUCCUUAGACACUGAUCAGUCACCGCUCUGUAUCCUCAGACACUGAUCAGUCACCGCUCUCUAUCCCUAGACACUGAUCAUUCGCCGCUCUCUAUCCUUAGACACUGAUCAGUCACCGUUCUCUAUCCUUAGACACUGAUCAGUCACCGUUCUCUAUCCUUAGACACUGAUCAGUCACCGCUCUGUAUCCUUAGACACUGAUCAGUCACCGCUCUGUAUCCUCAGACACCGAUCAGUCACUGUUCUCUAUCCUUAGACACUGAUCAGUCACCGUUCUCUAUCCUUAGACACUGAUCAGUCACCGCUCUCUAUCCUUAGACACUGAUCAGUCACCGCUCUCUAUCCUUAGACACUGAUCAGUCACCGCUCUGUAUCCUUAGACACUGAUCAGUCACCGCUCUGUAUCCUUAAACACUGAUCAGUCACCGCUCUGUAUCCUUAGACACUGAUCAGUCACCGUUCUCUAUCCUUAGACACUGAUCAGUCACCGCUCUGUAUCCUCAGACACUGAUCAGUCACCGCUCUGUAUCCUUAGACACUGAUCAGUCACCGUUCUCUAUCCUUAGACACUGAUCAGUCCCCGCUCUUUAUGAUCAGUGACAUCUGAGAAUUCAGGGUAAGAAAUGUUGAGGACAAGAAGUAUGGAAUGAGGAGGAUUAUUGAUGGUGAUCUCCAGAACGCUUCCUGCUCCAGUAAUCGUCUCGUGUGUGAGGGACAUGGAACAGAGGGAUCGACUGGUAGACAAUGCUCUAGGUCAUAUCUGGGAUUUGUGAAUUAAUUAUGAGGUAAAAGAACUGAUGACAUCAUCUAAGUGGGCAGAGUCUAGGAGGUUGUAUUCCCAAUGUGGUAUAAGGACAGAUCUCGUAUCAAAGCUCUGUUUUCCAUAGAUCCAUAUAAAAGACUCUGAUCCCUCCAUAGGCUCUAAUACCCCAUGUAAAAGGCUGGGGAUCCCUACAUACAUCUUACUAGGCUUAGACCACAUAUAAAAUGUCCUGAUCCCUCGGCACUUUGACAUUAGACUCUAAUCCCCAUAUAAAAGGCUCCAAUCCCUCUUCUGUAAUAAAGCUCUAUUCCUUUUGUUCUCUUAUUAAGCUCAGAUUUACCAUAUACAGUAAAUUGCCCUGAUCCCUUGAUUAUUAGGGUCAGAGCCCCAGUAUAAAAGGCUUAGAUCCCUCAGUACUGUUUUUAGAACCGGGAUACCCAAAAGGCUCAUAUUUUACCAUAUUCUUAAAAAAAAAAUCACAGGCCCUGGUGUAGGGUUCCAAUAGGUCUGUGUUACAAUAAAUAAGGCUUUUACCCCACUGUAAUACAAUAAUAGGCUGAGAUCCUAAAUAAAAAAAACAUAAUACGUUGUUAGGUCCAGAGUCCCCUAAAAGGCUUAAAACUUAUGUAAUUAGGCUCUGGUUCUAUAUAAUCUGAUAUCGCUGUACUGGGAGAUCUUGUUCACAUAUGAGUAUAAUCAUGGGUACUCUCUAAUAAUGCUCUGACCCCCUCUGAUAAGGCUCAAAUUCCCUCUAAUAAGGCUUGGUUCCUUUCCAAUAAUGCUCAGAUUCCUUACAGUACAUCUUGGAAUCCAUUAUAGUAAGACUCCGAUCCCCUUUAAUAAUGCUCAGAUUCCCAUGCAGUAAGGCUCUGAUCCUCUCUAAUUAGACAAGGAACCCAUUUAUAAAGCUCAGAUCCCCUCCAAUAAGGCUCAAAUCUCUCCCAAUGAUGCUCACUCUCACUUCUGAUAAGGCUCCGAUUCCUUUUAUAAAGCUCAGAUCCCCUCCAAUAAGGCUCAGAUCUCUCCCAAUGAUGCUCACUCUCACUUCUGAUAAGGCUCCGAUUCCUUUUAUAAAGCUCAGAUCCCCUCCAAUAAGGCUCAGAUCUCUCCCAAUGAUGCUCACUCUCACUUCUGAUAAGGCUCCGAUUCCUUUUAUAAAGCUCAGAUCCCCUCCAAUAAGGCUCAGAUCUCUCCCAAUGAUGCUCACUCUCACUUCUGAUAAGGCUCCGAUUCCUUUUAUAAAGCUCAGAUCCCCUCCAAUAAGGCUCAGAUCUCUCCCAAUGAUGCUCACUCUCACUUCUGAUAAGGCUCCGAUUCCUUUUAUAAAGCUCAGAUCCCCUCCAAUAAGGCUCAGAUCUCUCCCAAUGAUGCUCACUCUCACUUCUGAUAAGGCUCUGAUCACCAGCUCAGCAGAUCCUCUUAUUUCGCUAUAAUGGAGAUGUAUCCCCCUCCAUUCUCUUUGUACUGAACUGAUUGCUCCAGACUGUGCACAGACGGGGGGAUAGUAAGUAGGAGGGGCUUAUGUUCCAGUGUGUAAAACCUGUAUGUGAGGUCAGUAGACCCUGUACAUGACCUCGCUAUGUGUGUCACCAGUGCUAUGUGACCCUGCAUACAGCAAUGUGCUGCUAUCUUACUACUCUGUAAUGCUAUAUUGUACCUUGGAUUUGUUAACACAAAAUAAAGUCUAAUUCACUGGAAA